AUGUUGAGGCGUGUCCAUUCUUUUCUUGCGCGAUCUACAAGUUUCAAAUCCCAUCCAUUCAUUCACCAACGAUACAAUUAUUCCUUUCCAGUAAAUUCUCAAGAAAGGUUUGAUCCAUUGUUGUUUUCUAAUCAUCAUGAUGAUACUACAACAAUUUUCAAAACAUCAUGUUUGAAAAGAGCUCAAUUUCACACAAAUUUCUUGAAAAGAUAUUCAUCAUCUGUGGGGGAUAAUGGUACCUCCGAUCAUGAUGAAUCAGUCUUGUUGGAGAAUAAUUCUGCUGUCAAUAUCCAAAAGAUCCGAGAAGAACAACAAACAAAGAUUUUACUUUCAAAACAAAAUUCUCAAUCACUGAGAGAAACAUUUUCAGCAAGGCCUUCUUAUUCAUAUUCAAAGGAAGAAAUGGAUCAAUUUUCUUCAACAUUUAUGGAAUUAGCUUUAACACAAAUUAGUUUGGAUGAUUUAGAUUCUUCCCUUGAAAAUGUGGAAUUUUGUUUGAAUCGUCUCUAUGGUCAUAUUGACGGCAGCAGUAACAAUGAACUCCAUUUGCUUGAAAAAAAGAUUCAAUUUAUGGAAAUGAAAGGAUUUUUACUUGUUAGUAAAGAACAAUUACAAGAAGCAAAGAACGCUUUUGAAGAAAUUAUCAAAUUGGAACCUAACCAUUAUCUAGCUUGGUUUCACUUGGCAGAUUUAAAUUGUUCAAUGUCCAGGUUUGAUACUGCUUUAGAGUGUUGUAAGAAGGCUGUGGAAAUUCAUAACAACAUGACACCAAACUCAAAAGAAAAAUUACAUGAGGAUCUUCAACCUCACUGGACGUCACUAUUCCAUAACCUUGGUGAAUAUGAAAAGAGAGAUGAAAAAAUCCAAGAAAUGUAUCACAAAUAUCAUGCAGGCGAGUUUGGACCAAUAUGUACCACUCCAAGCAUGACCAAUGUAUGGCAAUUCCCAAAACUGGAAGGUCAUUUCGUCAGAGAUGCGUUUAGAGUUCAUGAUUGUAAAAAACUUCAAGAUUUUGGAGUGAAUGCCAAUUCUAUUCAAGUUUUAGUUUUUGAAUUUUAUGAUUUAAUUGGAGAGCAUACAGUCAAGUAUGUAUUUGUAUGCUAUGACGAACAGAAUGAUAAGGAAUUUCGUUUUUCAUUAGGAAGUUACAAAUCCACUUGGGAUGUUGUGAAAGAAAUUCGUGAAAAAGAUGGAAUCCCAAUGUCACCCAAUGAACGAACAUUCCACUUGGAUUGUUAUCAUGAAAAUGGACAUGUUGGAUAUGGAUUUUGUAGUGGACCAAUAGAAGGACCUUUACCAUUCUAUGACAAGGUGAAGAACGGAGUGAUUGAAAUAUUAAAAGAAGGUGAUCAUGGCUUUGAUUUGGAAGUAGCUGUGCAUGGUGGUACAUCUACAAAAUAA